AUGAAAAAUGCUGCUACUGUAACGACAACAUUUCCCUGUCGUGGUGUGGGUCUUGAAGAUGAAGGGUUCCUUCUCAGUAACGCCCCGGCGGCCGGAAACAGCGCCCCCGGUCAGGGCGUUUCCUCCGCCCCCGCCCUCUCCCCCUUGGCGCCGGUGGACGAAGGAUCUGGUUCUGGUUUCUCUGGAGAUGGACAGGAAACGGACACGUGGUCACGGCCGGCGGGGGAACCUUCUGAGACUCUCGGCCUCGAGCCGUGUCCGGAGGCGCUGCCGCCGCCUGAUCUGGAGGUGACGGAGGAUGAGGAAUCGGACUCUGAGUCCGCUGGCGUCGAGUCAAACGAUGAAGUUGAGUUCACUACAUUUCCUGCUUCUUCUGAAGAUUCGGUGCUGCACGGAGGCGUUGUAGAACCUUUCUCGGACCAGGUUCUGGUCACGCCGCACGUCACAAACCCUCGGCACUCAACCACAACUGAAGCCCCCGUUUUUUCACCGAAAGGAACCCUGACUGUGGAACUUUCUCUGGAAACAGUCGAGGCUUCCGGUGUCUUUGAAGAUCUCCCAGAACCCGAAGAUCUCCCAGGACCCAAAGAUCUCCCAGGACCUGAAGAGGUCCCAGAACCUGAAGAGGUCCCAGAACCUAAAGAGGUCCCAGUACAUGAAGAUCUCCCAGUACCUGAAGAUCUCCCAGAACCUGAAGAGGUCCCAGUACCUAAAGAUCUUCCAGCACCUGAAGAAGUCCAAGUACUUGAAGAGGUCCCAGUACCUGAAGAUCUUCCAGUACCUGAAGCGGUCCCAGUACCUGAAGAAGUACCAGUACCUCAAGCGGUCCCAGAACCUAAAGAGGUCCCAGUACCUGUAGAGGUCCCAGUACCUGAAGAGGUCCCAGUACCUGUAGAGGUCCCAGUACCUGAAGAGGUCCCAGUAGAGCUCCCAGUAGCCGAGGAACACAUUGAAGUUGAGGUUUUAGAGGAGCGGCCCAUCGUUGUCUCCGAUCACGCACUAACGUCUGUUGCUGUCCAAAAGGAAGACAAAGAUCUGGUUCAGGAUGAAGUCCUGGUUGUUACCACGGCAACGGCUCCAUCCCCCAUCGCUCUCUCUCCGGAGAAGGACUCGCCGUUUACCAGAGUCUCGGACUCGGUGCUGGAGGACGAAGACGACUUGGAAGAAAUUCCACCAAGCGUGCUGGUUUCAGGUGCUCCUCGCGCCACGCCGCCGGCGGUUGGCCCUAACCGGACGGUGCCGGACGGAACCACAUCAGGUACCAAAUCAGAAACCACAUCCGGAACCGAAUCAAGAACCACAUCAGGAACCGAAUCAGGAGCAACAUCCGGAACCGAAUCCGAUGCCAAAACACACCAACUGACGGGUUCCUUGCUGCAGGAAGCCUCCGGUGACGGUUGGUCCAGCGGCGCACAGGGCUCGGACCCGGACCCGGACGUGGUGCUGACCCGGCCUGGCCGGGCCCUCACGGUGUUCUUCAGCCUCCGCGUCACCAACAUGGCGUUCUCCGCCGAUCUGUUCAACAAAAGCUCGCCGGAGUACAAAGCCCUGGAGCUCCGUUUCCAGCAGCUGCUGGUCCCCUACCUGGAGUCCCACUUGAACAGCUUCCAGGACCUGGAGAUCCUGAACUUCAGGAACGGCAGCGUGGUGGUGAACAGCCGGGUCCGGUUCGGCCGACGCCCCCCCCGCGGUGUCACCGCUGACGUGUUCCUGGUCCUGGAGGACAUCGCCAACGCCGCGCACCGCACCAUGAACAUCAGCAUCGACAAGUACUCGCUGGACGUCCAGUCAGGUGAGCGUGCCGACCCGUGUAAGUUCCAGAUGUGUAACUCGUUCUCCAGCUGUGUGGUGAACCGCUGGUCCGGCGAGGCCGAGUGUGUGUGUGCGGCGGGCUACGUGAGCGUGGACGGGCUGCCGUGUCAGAGCGUCUGCGACGUGCAGCCGGACUUCUGCCACAACGACGGGAAGUGUGACGUCAUCGAAGGCAAGGGCGCCAUCUGCAGGUUAGUCAAAUAA